GAUUCAUUGUUCUAGCUCAGCUGUGUGGAUGACUGGCGGUAGCCUCUGUCGUCGGCCCUGGUGCUUGCUGGGGUUAGUAGUGUGCCUUACGGCUGCGCCCCUUGCAAGUCGUUACGCGCUGUGCGAAGCGUUCGUCGUUCGAAUUUCCCGCAACGCUGAAUUUAAACAUGUUGCCUGGCGAGGGCAGCAACAUUUCAUGCACCACGGCCGUCACCAGCACCCAGCAGGACUCGAUUCGAAGUGGCCGGAGGCACCAAGGGCAAAAGUGCUUGCGCUGGCUGCCAGUGAGGGCGAGGACGGACCCUGGCGACGAGAGGGUGGGCAGGCAGCUGAAGGCGAGUCGAGGGCGGGGCUGAGGGCGCUGCGGAAGCAAAUAGACGAGGGAGCACCGGCGUCGCAGACCAUCGGAACUAUCGCGAACGACGUCAUCGUGGACGGUCAGGAGCUGUUGACCACGGAGGCCAGUGUUAUUCUCCAGCGCUGUCCUCGCCUUGCCGAGGCCGCCAAGGCGGGGGAACUGUUGGCGGGGCUGUCAUCUUCUGCGAACACGCGAGCGGGAGGAGAGAGCGAUUUUCUGCUGGAAAACCUGGAGAAGGAGGUGGUCGCGGAGCUUGACACACCGUGGGAUGUUUCGGUCAAGAAAUGGAGGCAGAAGGCUCUGGCGGUGGAGAAGUACCGGAGCACCAAUCCCACGGCCAACGCCGUCGUGUACACGUACAUGACUAACUGCUGCUGUCGGCAGGGCAUGUGGGAGGUUGCGUAUGACGGUGGGCUAUCAUGUUUGGCACCACGUUUUUUGCGAACAACCCGAAACGCGCAUGCGGCCUACAACCAAUAA